UGUUUCAGAUCCAGAAAACCGAAGCUAUCCUCAAAGCAGAAGGAUAACAAAGUUUAUUCAAAUCCCCGUUAGAUCAGAUCUUGGAUCUGAUUCUCUCUCCGAAAGACGACCCAACUAAACGCUAAUUUGACGAUGAUAAUGGAACUAGAGAACGGACAUGACUUCGUCUCCUCACCGGCGUCUCCGACCUCCGCCACGGCCAGUCUCUUCCCCCUCGCCUCUGUCUCUCAGCAGCCUUAUGUCUCCGAGCUCCUCUCCUUCACUCUCGAUCGCCUUCAUAAGGAACCGGAGCUUCUUCAAGUCGAUGCGGAAAGGAUUCAGAGGCAAAUGCAAGAAGUUGCGGUUGGUAAUUACCGCGCUUUUAUUUCUGCAGCUGAUGCGUUGGUUGCAAUCAAAGAGGAAGUAUCUUCUAUUGAUAAGCAUCUCGAAUCUAUGAUUACUGAGAUCCCAAGCCUGACAUCUGGUUGCACAGAGUUCAUUGAAUCUGCAGAACAGAUUUUGGAGAAGAGGAAGAUGAACCAGACUCUGCUAGCAAAUCACAGUACUUUGCUUGAUUUGCUUGAAAUUCCUCAGCUCAUGGACACAUGCGUAAGAAAUGGAAAUUAUGAUGAAGCUCUUGAUUUAGAAGCCUUUGUCUGCAAACUCUCAACCAUGCACCCCAAUAUACCUGUCAUUCAAGCACUGGCUGCAGAAGUUAGGCAGACAACCCAAUCUCUUCUCUCUCAGCUUCUCCAAAAGCUUCGCUCAAAUAUUCAGUUACCAGAAUGCCUUCGGAUUAUCGGAUAUUUACGCCGAAUAGGCGUAUUUAGUGAGUAUGAAAUGCGGUUACAGUUUUUGAGAUGCCGAGAAACGUGGCUCACUGGGAUUCUUGAGGAUUUGGACCAGAGAAAUGCUUAUGAGUAUCUAAAAGGGAUGAUAAGCUGUCACAGAAUGCAUCUUUUCGAUGUUGUUAACCAAUAUCGAGCAAUAUUUGCUGACGAUACAUCUGCAAGUGAAGAAAAUUAUGACGGUGGGCUUCUUUUUAGUUGGGCCAUGCAUCAAAUUACUUCACACCUUAAAACUCUUAAAGUCAUGCUUCCAAAGAUAACAGAAGGUGGAUCGCUAUCAAAUAUUCUGGACCAGUGUAUGUAUUGUGCAAUGGGUCUUGGUUGGGUCGGAUUGGAUUUUCGAGGCUUGCUUCCUUCUCUUUUUGAAGAGGCGGUGCUCAUUUUAUUCUCUAAGAAUAUGAACACAGCAGUUGAAAACUUUCAGUUAGUUUUGGAUUCACAUCGUUGGGUCCCAUUGCCGGCAGUAGGCUUUUCAGCCACUAGCAUCAGUGAAGAAAGUCAAGAGGAUGUAACACCGCCAUCUUAUCUAAUGGAGCAUCCACCUCUUGCAGUAUUUGUUAAUGGUGUUUCUGCCGCAAUGAAUGAACUGCGCCCUUGUGCCCCAGUAAGUUUGAAGAAUGUUCUUGCUCAAGAAUUAAUUAAAGGAUUGCAGGUUGUUUCUGACUCCCUACUGAGAUACAAUGCAACACGGAUGCUCAGAGAAAACGAGUCCAUGCUUUUCCUCUCUCUUUGCCGAGCAUUCAUCGAGGUUGUUUUCCCACAUUGCGCGACAUGCUUCGGUCGCUGUUAUCCUGGUGGAGCCACUCUUAUCAUGGAUGCAAAGAGUUUAUAUGAAGGAGUUGGUCGGCUGUUGACAAUCUCUUCAUUAAAGGAACCCCCUAAACCUGUUAGUAACGGAGAGGAGAAAACCACCUCCGAAAAUGGCAACGUGCCUCAGCCUGCUGCGGUAGAAAAUGGUGUUGAAUCCACAGUUGAUAAUGCAGAUGAGAAGGAACUGAAGAGCCCCACUCGGCAUACUGAUGAAAAGAUUGAUGAAGGAUCCCAGGAUUAGGAAGAUCCAUUCUCUAAACUUGGAUUUGAUUAUAUUACAUGUAGAAAAAUUGUUUUUUUUUUUGGUGGCGUAAAAGGUAAAAUGAGAAAAAUAAAGAGUAUAAUAUUAAACU